GAUUACGGUGAUCAAGGCAAUCAAGGUGAUUGGGGUGGUCAACGUGGUGGUGGCAGACGUGAUUACGGUGAUCAAGGCAAUCGAGGUGAUUGGGGUGGUCAACGUGGUGGUGGCAGACGUGAUUACGGUGAUCAAGGCAAUCAAGGUGAUUGGGGUGGCCAACGUGGUGGCGGCGGCCGACGUGAUUACGGUGGUCGAGACGACCGUGGAGGGGAUGGUGGGUUUGAGCGUGGAAAAUCUGCGAGAACUGGUAAUUCAGGGCGUGAAGGCCGCUUCCAAGAUGGUCGAGGUGAUGAUGAUAGGAUGCCACUGGCACCGUUUGAUGAGAAGGCCGCUAAGACCCUCUUUGAUAUGAAGCGUCAGUAUAAGGGUGCCAAAUCCGGGAAGGAACGGCGAGAAAUUCAACGUGAAGCCCGCCGAGUUAUUCGCCGCGCACGAAUUGAUCCUUCAACACAGGAUGAGAAAACGGUAACAAUGCUUCUCAACUGUGCUGCCACAUUCCGUAGUUAUCCACAUUCGGAGGGUAUCAAACAGGCUGUGGAGUGGAUGCGACAAAACAUUGAUGCUCUCUCCCCACAAAAUUUGGCUCUUUUUGCUAAUGCUGUUGGUGCAUUAUCCGUAGUAGAUAGUGAUAUUAUUUUACUUCAAGAGGUCUCACCUGCUGUUCAAUCAGUCUUUACACAGAUGAGUCCUGUUGAGUUAGUAAUGGUUCUUCAGGCUUUUCAGCGUGAAAAAGUUUCAGACAACGGCCCAUUACAGGAUUCUAUGUUACAACAAUUAUCUUCUUGUGUACCUCAGAUGCCUGUUCCACAGCUAUCCACAUUGGCAAGUAUCCUUGUAACUGCUCCUCUUCGUAAGAGCAAUGAAGCUGCAUGGAUCGAGAUGACAAAAGCUGUGGCAUCAAAAGCAGUAUCGAAUGUAGAAAAAAUGCAUUCUAGGGAAGUCAUCACAUUAUUAAAGGCUGCCCCGCACCUUUCUGUUCCUGAGGAACACAGCCUUCAACUCGUUAAUAGAGCUAUAGCGACUGUGGGUUUUCACACAGAUGAGCAAGUGGGUGAAAUUCUUGAAGCUGUGGCAGCUUACCGUGAACAAAAUACUGCAGGAAAAGAGCUGCAAGAUAAGCUUGAUGAAUUGAUUAGCGUUCUCUGGACGCGUUUACAAAAGGUAGCACCCUACGCUGAUUUAGCGAGUGCAACAUGGAUUAUGCGUCAGUCGCGGAAGUGUGGGGUAAAUGUUCCCCCUGCAAUUAUGGAAGCCUUACUAGAGGCGGUAACGAGAGAACUCCGUUACCAUCGCUACACAUUUCGCCGAUGUGCAGCUUUGGCUGAGGCUUUGGCGGAACAAAAGGCACCUGCCAAGUUGCUGCUGCAGUUACUUGGGGACUACUGCAUUGGUAAGCGUCCCCCACGUGAGGAUCGGGAAGCGGCUGACCCACAGGAUGAAGAAAAUACCCGGGAAGUUCGCAUGGAUAUUUAUGCACGCUUUCUUGGAGAUCUCACACGAGCGCGUGUUGCACUGGAGGAUGCCUACAAUGCCCACCCCAAUAACGGCGAGCCAGGUGAGAGUUUGGCUGUCGUUCUCCCCCAACGAUUGGAGGAGAGUGUCCAGGAUGCAUCACCACGUGAGGUGUUGAAAUGUGUACGGUCACUUUGUACAGCAUCUGAAGAUUGCCGCACACGUAACCACACGAAUAGUGAUAAGAUAAUGAAUUUAGUGGAACAACGACUAUCUAAGGAACGUGAGAGUUUUCUAAAGGAGUUGUCGAAAAAAAAUAUAGAGGAUUUUAUCCUUGCUGUGGGAGACGCACCUCGCGCAAAAAAGAUUGUCCGGGUAAUCUCUAACUGA